UUUUAUUGCUACUGCAUAUCACGCACUGCUAAAUUAUCACGCAAAAACAUAUAACAGAUAACAUAAUAUAAACGUAUUUAACGCAAAAAUGUCUUCCCUGAUACAUAACCUUCAGAUAACUUUCCACUAUUCGUGUAUGACAUGGUUAGGCAAAGAAAAAGUAAUAACAUACCCAAAUAUAAUAAAAAGAAGGGGAGAGUCAGCAGGAGUACGGUGCAGGGGUGUAAUGCACGUUAUGUAUAAUACCAAAAUCAAGGUAAAUUUCCAUUGGAUUCACCAGCCCUGAACGCGAGUCAUACGGUUCCGGAUGCAAAAUAUUCCUCAAAAGAAAUGAAAACACCUAAAAUUAAACUUGAACUGAUACGUCUUAUGCACAUAUCAGUGAGGUGGGCAGUUCAAAGCCAUCACGAUGCUCUAAAUUAUUAUCGCAGUGCAGCGAAAAAUUCACAGUCACCGUCGCCAAUAAAGAUCAGUAAUUAUACAACAGGAGCGCGUUUGGAGACGAUUGACGAGGUCGUGGGUCUUAUCUUAUCACCACCUGUAUUGAGGCCUGCCCUAGAGUGAUGCGGAUGACAGCAUCCAAAGAUAACGUGGACCGCUAUUUUCGGCCGGGAUUGGACCUAUGCGGCGACCUAUGCUGAUGACGGGAGUCUGCCGCUGAUAUGGUGCAAUGCAAGGCUCCAGUCGGGGGUAUAAAAGACUCUGUUUGGGUGCAGUCAAGGCAACAGACUUUAGGUGUUGGUCGUUGAGCGAACCAAAGCCGGAGCAGUUGAAGGAGAAAAGAAUAGGAGCGAAAGGACCAAUGAUGAAGUUGACCCUUGUGAUACUGGCCCUCGUUGGCUGUGUGACCGCCUUCAGCGUGCCCACACAGCAGGUGAAGAUCGCCGACAAGACCUUCCUAGAGAAGCAAAAGUUCCUCUUCGAGGUCGUCUACCGCAUCGAUGAGCCCCUCAUGUUUGAGGAGUGGAUUAAGAUGGGCCAGAAGCUGAUCACCGACAAGGCUCAAUACGAGACUUUCGAUUUUUACAUGGAGAAAUUCUGGGAAUCCUACAAGCUUGGAGUCCUGCUGCCCAAGGGAGAGUUUUUCGGCGCCCUGGUCAAAACCCACCACAAGCAGGCAUAUGGUCUGUUCAACUUCUUCUACUAUGCCAAGGAUUGGGAGACCUUCGUCCGCAACGUCGCAUGGGCCCGCAUCCACGUAAACGAGGGCAUGUUCGUCUAUGCCCUGACCCUGGCCGUCCUCCACAAGCCAGAGUUCGAAGGUCUGAUCCUACCCCAGAUAUACGAAAUCUUCCCCCAGUACUUCUUUAACAGCAAGUUCGUGUACGCGGCCGAGAAGUUCGACUAUGAGGUCUUCAGCAAGCUGAUCAUGUACGAGAAGGAGUACAAGGAUAUCCUUUACAAAGACUACAGUGAGUUCACCGGCAACUUCUAUUUCUACACCAAGGACUGGAAGACAUGGCAGUGGUACAAAAUGAUGGGUCUGGACCAGGAGUGGUACGUCGAGGACAAGUACUUCCUGCGGGAAAACUUUGCCCAAUUUGUGAACGAUCCCAAGUACGUUGAUGUUGUCAAGGGCCUAAAGAAGUUUUACAUGCCUGUCGACUAUACCCGCGACAUCGAUUUCUUCAACGAUGAAACCAAGAUGAGCUACUUCACCGAGGAUCUUGGCUGGAACGCUUACUGGUACUACCUCAACAUGGACUACGCCUUCUUCUUAAACGGCAAGCAGUUCGGAUUGGACAAGGACCGUCGCGGCGAAUACUGGAUCUACAAUGUCCAACAGAUUCUGGCCCGAUACUACCAGGAGCGCCUGGCCAACGGCUUCGGAGAGAUCCCCGAGUUCUUCUGGUACAAGCAAAUAGAGUACGGCUACGAUCCCCAGCUGAUAUACUACAACGGCAUCGGCUACAGCUACCGCAAGAACUACUACGACUUCUACACCUACGGCAAUUUUGAGAUGUACAACCAAAUCCAGAACUUCUUCAGCCGCAUCUACAAGGUACUAGAGACAGGAUUCUACAAAACCGCCGACGGUCAGGUGUUUGACCUCCACAAACCCGAAGCCAUUAAGAUUGUAGGCAACUACCUGCAGGGCAAUGCUGACACCUUUGACAAGUACUUCUUUAACUACUACUACAUGCUGGCCCAUAUGUACUUCGCUGAUGUGGACUACACUGACAUGGAGGUGUUCCCUAACAUUUUCCUGAACUUUGAAACCAUGCUGCGGGAUCCCUUCUUCUACACCUUCUACAAAAAGUUCACCGAUGUGUUCUACACCUUCAAGUACUACCUGAAGCCGUACACCCAGAAGGAUCUCUUCUACGAGGGCAUCACCAUCAAGGAUGUGAGCGUCAGCAAACUGGUAACAUACUACGAUAUAGUGGACUUCGAUGUGACCAACUUGCUCAACGACAAGAUGACUUUCGUCGACGGCCAGUACGUAUGGGACAAGGCUCUGUUGGCCCGUCAGGCCCGCCUUAACCACAAGCCCUUCAACUUUGAGUUCACCAUCGAAUCAGACAAGGUGCAGAAGGGAGUUGUCCGCGUCUUCCUGGGCCCCAAGUUCGACGAAUACGGCCGCGUGAUCCCACUGGACUACAACCGAAAGAACUUCGUGCAGAUCGACAGCUUUGUGUACCCCUUCAUUGCCGGUACUAACACCAUCAAGCGCAGCUCCAAGGAGUUCAGCUGGACCGCUGAGGACAGGAUCACCUACACCGAGCUCUACAAGUACGUGAUGCUGGCCAGCGAGGGCAAGUACGACUUCCCCCUGGACAUUAGCGAGCCCCACAACGCCUUCCCCGACCGUCUGGUACUGCCCAAGGGAUGGGAGCAGGGCAUGCCCAUGCAAUUCUACUUCUUUGUCUCGCCAUUCGCCGAGGAGUACGAACAGUUCUCUAACUUCGAUUACACCUACUCCUCGGGAGUUGGCUCUGGCACCCGAUUCGUGGACACUAAACCCUUCGGGUAUCCCUUCGACCGGCAGAUCGAUGAGUCAGACUUCUUCGUGCCCAACGGCUUCUUCAAGGAUGUCAAGGUCUACUACGUCGACACUUUCGCCAAGUACUUUGAGAAGAAGUACGCCCAGUUCGGCUCCUUCGACUACUCCAUCGAAUACUAAGCAACACAGGAUCUAGCUCUUAGCACACAUUAACUGUAACGAAUUGCAAUGUCGCAUGCAAAA